CGAAAGAGUAUUUUUCUUCUUCUUUUGUUUUUUUUUUAAAUUAUAAAAUAAAAUUGUAAUCCUCUCUUCAUCAGGUUCUCUCUUCAAAUCUGAGCAUCGCCAUUGAACAUCGAUUCAACAGUCCUAAGUCUCAGGCCAGGUUGCUUUUGCUUUAUUUAUGACAUGCAUGUAUGGAUAUUCCCCUUUAGAAUGGAUUUUCGAUGCUGGAAUAUUCUGAAACUGGAGCCUGUGUGCAUGUCUUUCUUUUUCAUUCGAAGAUUAAGGGAAGUUUGAUUUGAUAUUGGAUUCAAAAGAUAUGAGGAGAGAGGUUUGGAGAUGGAUCACAGGUUUGAUAUACAUUGUUGCUGUUGCGGCCAUAUGGAUAGCUGCCAGUUUUGUUGUUCAAUCGGUUGUAGAAGCAGGUGUUUCCCCGUUUCUCAUCACAUACAUUUGCAAUUCAUUGUUUGUGGUGUACAUUCCAAUAGUUGAAAUCGGGCGCUAUUUAGAGGAUACAUAUGGUAGUUUUUUUCCCUGGAAGAAUAGAAAGUGUGAACCCGAGCAAGAAUUGGGAGAAUCAGAACAGGCCGUUCUUCUUGGAGCGGGUGAGCUGGUUGCAAAAGUGGAGAAGUCAAUGACUCAGGCAGAAUUUGUGGAAGGGGGACAAAUUAAUCAGUAUAGAAGUGUUGAUUUGAGGGGAGAACUUGUAUCAAAUGAGCUUGACUUGCCUGAUCAAAUUCAAGUUGAUGAAGAUGCUGGUAAAGGCAUUGAUGAAAAAGGGCGGUGGACACGUGCAAGAGUGGCGAAGGUCAGCCUGCUGAUAUGCCCCUUUUGGUUUUUGGCGCAGCUGACUUUUAAUCUAUCUCUGAAGUAUACUACAGUAACGUCAAAUACCAUCUUAAGCAGUGCAUCCAGCCUUUUCACAUUUUUGGUGUCUCUGGCAUUUUUGGGAGAGAAGUUUACUUGGGUGAAGCUUAUAAGUGUUCUUCUUUGCAUGGCGGGAACCAUAAUUGUCAGCCUUGGUGAUUCAGGAACGAGUUUAACUGAAAUUGCUUCAAGUCCUCUUCUUGGAGACAUUCUUGCUCUUGUCUCAGCUGGAUUGUAUGCAGUGUAUAUCACCCUUAUUCGCAAGAAGUUACCUGAUGAUGAUGGAAAAAAUGGUCAUGCCAGUAUGGCUCAGUUCCUUGGAUUUCUUGGGCUUUUCAACCUCUUCAUUUUCCUUCCUGUUGUCCUGAUACUUAAUUUUUUGAAGCUUGAGCCCCUUGGUGUCCUUACAUGGAAGCAGUUUGGCCUAAUUGUUGGCAAAGGUUUGUUAGAUAACGUGCUGAGUGAUUAUUUAUGGGCCAAGGCGAUACUUCUGACAACCACCACUGUAGCAACGGCUGGUCUUACCAUUCAGGUCCCAUUGGCAGCUAUUGUUGAUUCGCUAAGAGGUCAUGCCCCACAUCUCACAGGUUACCUUGGUGCUUUAGCUAUUAUGACUGGGUUUGUCGGCAUCAAUAUUCCCCCUGAUGCUUGUGGUGGCUCAAAAGAAGCCAAUCUUGAGUUGGAGAAUGAUGGGAUGGGUUUUACUGAUCAAAACCAUGCCUCUUUGGUAGGUCAGGACAGUGCUGCUACCUGUUAGGCUGUGGAGUCGUGACGCUCUUAUGUUUACCUGAGGUAAGCCUGUUUAUAUGAUGUACCAUGUACCAUAUCCUGCCAUUCAGGAAAAAAAGAAAAAGAAAGGGAAUUGUAGUAAUAGCUCUGCCUUCCAACUCUUUAAUAUAAGCUCAUAGAUGUAGUUUGCAGUGAUGUGACCAUUUCGUAAAUGCGACGCAAACUGAUCAUGUGCUCACAUUUUAGAGAAUGAAAUUUGAAGAUCGAUUGUUGAAAAUAA